AUGCCAGGUGGACAGCUCCAGAUGAUGUCCCAUGACCACUCCUAUAUAAGACACGUGGCCAGCUUUGGCUUUGUUACUUUUGAUGACCAUGAUCCUGUGGAUAAAAUUGUAUUGCAAAAAUACCACACCAUCAAUGGCCACAAUGCAGAAGUUAGAAAGGCAUUGUCUAGACAAGAAAUGCAGGAAGUCCAAAGUUCUAGGAGUGGACGAGGAGGAAACUUUGGUUUUGGGGAUUCUCGUGGUGGUGGUGGCAAUUUUGGACCAGGACCCGGAAGCAACUUCAGGGGAGGUUCUGAUGGAUAUGGAAGUGGACGUGGAUUUGGGGAUGGCUAUAAUGGGUAUGGAGGAGGACCUGGAGGUGGCAAUUUUGGAGGUAGCCCUGGUUAUGGAGGAGGAAGAGGAGGAUAUGGUGGUGGAGGACCUGGAUAUGGCAACCAGGGUGGGGGCUACGGAGGUGGUUAUGACAACUAUGGAGGAGGAAAUUAUGGAAGUGGAAAUUACAAUGAUUUUGGAAAUUAUAAUCAGCAACCUUCUAACUAUGGCCCAAUGAAGAGUGGAAACUUUGGUGGUAGCAGGAACAUGGGAGGACCAUAUGGUGGAGGAAACUAUGGUCCUGGAGGAAGUGGUGGAAGUGGUGGCUAUGGUGGAAGGAGCCGAUACUGAGCUUCUUCCUACUUACCAUGGGCUUCACUGUAUAAAUAGGAGAGGAUGAGAGCCCAGAGGUAACAGAACAGCUUCAGGUUAUCGAAAUAACAAUGUUAAGGAAACUCUUAUCUCAGUCAUGCAUAAAUAUGCAGUGAUAUGGCAGAAGACACCAGAGCAGAUGCAGAGAGCCAUUUUGUGAAUGGAUUGGAUUAUUUAAUAACAUUACCUUACUGUGGAGGAAGGAUUGUAAAAAAAUGCCUUUGAGACAGUUUCUUAGCUUUUUAAUUGUUGUUUCUUUCUAGUGGUCUUUGUAAGAGUGUAGAAGCAUUCCUUCUUUGAUAAUGUUAAAUUUGUAAGUUUCAGGUGACAUGUGAAACCUUUUUUAAGAUUUUUCUCAAAAGUUUUGAAAAGCUAUUAGCCAGGAUCAUGGUGUAAUAAGACAACGUUUUUCCUUUAAAAAUUUAAGUGCGUGUGUAGAGUUAAGAAGCUGUUGUACAUUUAUGAUUUAAUAAAAUAAUUCUAAA